UCAUCUUGCACAAUGGACGUCCCUCGGCUUGCGCUUCUCGAUUAUCAGCGGUAUGGCAGACAAAUGAUAUUAGAAGGUUUCGGUCUUGCAGGCCAGCUAAAACUCAAGGCAGCGUCAGUCGCUGUGAUUGGUGCAGGAGGCUUAGGCUGUUCCGCCCUGCAAUAUCUCGCCGCUGCUGGAGCAGGUAAACUUGGAAUUAUCGAUCACGAUGUUGUCGAAACCUCCAACCUUCAAAGGCAAAUUCUUCACUCUGACGAGAAGAUCGGUCUUUCCAAGGCCGUUUCUGCUGCACAAGCCCUGAACCAAAUCAACCCCGGAUGCCAUGUCAUUGCCCAUGUAUGCGCUCUGACAUCCCGCAAUGCUCUCGAAAUAUUACAGGCAUAUGACAUCAUUCUGGACUGCACAGACAAUCCCCCUACUCGUUACCUUCUCUCCGACAGCGCGGUCAAGCUUGGGAAGCCGCUCGUCAGUGGGGCGGCGCAAAAGUUUGAGGGUCAGCUGUGCACAUACAACCUCGGUGACGAUGGUCCUUGCUAUAGGUGCCUAUUCCCAAGGCCGCCCAGCGCAGAGACGACCGGUAGUUGCGCAGAGUUGGGGAUCCUCGGAGCAGUGACCGGUGUUAUAGGUAACCUCCAGGCUCUCGAAGCAAUCAAACUCAUUGCAGGUUUACAUGACGGAAAGCCCAGUCUUCUUCUGUUUUCCGCACUCUCGUCAAUGCCGUUCCGCACAAUCAGGAUUCGUCCGCGCCGGCCGACAUGUCCAGCCUGUGGUAAGGAGGGCGAGCGCACAGGCACUAUCGCUGAGACCGAUUAUGUCGCAUUUUGCGGAGGAAGUCGGCCAGAUUGGGUAGUACUAGGAUUGCAGGAGGGCAAUUCUGGUCACAGGCUAAGAGCAAAGGAUUUAAAGGAGAUCUUGCAGUCAGAGAGAAAGCCUCUCCUGAUUGAUGUUCGCCUACCUGUCGAGUUCGGUAUCUGCCACCUGCCCGAGUCAAAGAACGUGCCACUAGCAGAGUUUGUAGCCAAUCCACUAGCAUUUGUCCCGGAGGCAGAGGAAGAGACGUACUUCAUUUGUCGACUGGGAAAUGAUUCUCAGAUCGCCACCGAAGCGCUGCGAAGCGUCAGGAAAGACGGGAUGGUGAAAGACCUAGUGGGCGGCCUGAGGGCAUGGGCCAAUGAGGCUGACCCAGACUUCCCUAUAUAUUGACGAGUGCCUGUAUCUGGGAUUCUGACAUCCAGACAUGUAGUAUUAAGUCUGAUUACUUCAUCGCGAAAGACUAGAUUGUGUGACUGAGUACAACACCCUCUAUGGGGACUCCGUUAUUCCUAAGCCCAUCCUGCAAUUUCAUUGCUACUUCACCGCAUCAAUGACCGUCCACUAACCGUCUUCCUGUCUACAACCGCAACUUCCGUCUUCGCUCUGUUAAGCACCUUCUGGAAUUCACUGACACGGUGGCGCAUACGAGAGUGCAUGUAAGCCUUAGAGCAUUUGAUGUGAUAGUGGAGAUAGUCCCGGAAAUUCUGAAUGUGGCUGAUGGUCAACUCGGCGACGGCAGGAUUGGCAAAAUGGCGAGGAAAUAAAAUGAACGUGACAUAGCCGACGUCUUCUGUUUGUGUCAAGUUUGGCAGGUGGCGGAGCUCAAGGGGCGGGUCCCGCGUGGUGUAAAGGACCUGGGGUGCGCUUUGGAUAGCCGGAAGACGUCUCGCGUCGACAAAUUCCUGUAAGAAGACUUUACCAUAGAUCUUGUCUGCCUCCUCUCUGAACAUAGUGGAGAAAAUGACGGUUACGCGAUCUGACAAAGCUUGGACAUAGAUCGCCUCUUCAUCACGAUAGUGCAGAGCAAGUAGGUCGCCCUGGCCGGAUCCAGCAGAAGCUAACUGCUUCUGUGUCUCGAAGGCAAAUUCGAAAGGGGCGGCGAGGGCGUUACGCUUUAGCAGAGAAACGGAUUUGAUCAGCGCUUCGCGUUCAUCUCCUUCAGGAGGAAACUUUUCGAGAUCUAAUUCCAAGCUGAUGUUGUACUCUGGCUCCGCCUCAGCCUUCACGCGGUCACCAUACACCCUCCGCAAGGCCUUGUCGACGCCGUACUUAACGAGCUCGUCCCAACACCGGAUGCUCAUUGAAAGCAAAAGGCAGGUCUUACGCUCGGGAGUAGAAAGAUGGAACCGAAUUCCAUCGAAGUCCACAAACUGGACGUCGAGGGAGGCGGGCUUAACGAGCUUCUCCGCGAGUGUCGUUUGAAUGAUAUAGUUGUUAGACUCGAGGAGAAUCAUGG